AUGAUGUCCCUAAGAAAUGUUGCCAAGUUUGCCCAGCAGUGUGGGUAUCGUCCAUCUCGAUCUCUACUGGGCUCCUCUCAAGGAGCAGCCGAGUUGUGUGGGGUACGCCCUGCCAGUACUGGCGUAGGCUCUGCCAAGGCGUCGGAAGAGGCGAAACCUAACGCCACCCAAAAACCCGUCAAGAGGGUCGUCUUCAUCUCCCAGUCCACCGACGUGUACGCCAAUCUCGCCUUCGAGGACUGGCUGUACCGGAACUGGACUUUCGACAGGCGACAGAUUCUCUUCCUGUGGCGAAACUCUCCUUGCGUGGUGAUUGGCCGUCAUCAGAACCCGUACGUGGAGGCCAAUUUGCCGUACUUGGAGAGUGCCAGGGUUCCCGUGGUCAGGAGGAACAGCGGCGGAGGCACUGUCUACCAUGACGAGGGAAACCUCAACAUGACGUUCUUCACUGAGAGGAACAGGUAUAACCGAAAGGAAAACCUCGAGGUGAUUUGCCGAGCUCUUCAGGAGGACUUUGGCAUCGACGCCCAGGCCAACGAACGUGAUGAUGUCAUCGUUAAUGACAUGUACAAGGUGUCAGGAUCUGCAGCCAAACUAGGACGGACUGCAGCUUACCACCACUGCACACUCCUCGUUGGAUCUGAUAAAACCCAGCUGAAACUUGCUCUUCAGGGAGAUAAGAGUAUUGCCAGCAAGGCUACUGCAAGUGUUCCAGCACCUAUAAUGAAUCUCAAAGAAGUAACUUCAGAAAUAACUGUUGAGGAGCUCAUUAAAAGCGUUGGCCAAAAGUAUCUUGAGACAACAGGGAAAGAUGGCCAGCUGAUGGCAAAACAGAACUUCCAAAGGUCAAAUGGCUACACGCUUGUCAACCCGACCGAUGAUUGGUUCCCAGGUUUGGCAAAGUUGAAAGAGGAACUAGCAUCUGAGGAAUGGCUAUUUAACAAGACCCCUCGGUUUACCAUAACACGACCAGUUACCCUUCCUGAGUGUAUUGCACAUAAUACAACUGUCAGUAUAACAGUCCAGGCAUACCAUGGCAUUAUUGAGGACAUGAAGGUUUCAAGUUCAGGACUUUGCCCUGAAGUUGUUGAACUGUUAAAAGACAUUGGCACAGCUAUCAAGGGAACUCCGUUUAACAAUGACGUCUUCCAUAAUCUGGCCAACCGCAUGCGACUCCCUCCACCUCUUCGCACACACCGGUCUGUGGUUUGAAGUGAUUUAGGAUAUUAAGCCUCCCUGAAACUUGUUUGCUUCUUAUGGUGGCUGGGUCAUAUAGCGAAGGUUUCCUUGUUCUGUAAUCUUUUAUAUUUUAGGACUAUAAUAAUGACUUGCAUAUUAACAGGUAAUAGGGAUUACUGGAGAAUGUAUCAAAAUUGAUUUUUGUAGUCUGUUGCUGGAGUUAUAUAUUCCACAUGAUAGAAAGAAAUUGUUAAUGGGAAGGAAUGGAUAUAUCCCUAGGCAGGCAUUAAUUUUGUCUUAGUCUUUUUUUUCUUUUCUUUUUUUUUAAGACUUCCAGCUGUUAGGCUCUAAGUUUAAUAAUAUGCCUUAAUGAAAAUAAGACCUGUUCUAAGGUCCUGUAUUCUUAUCUUCAUACUAAACUUUGUCUUCCCUCUUUUAAGAAGUACAUUUAAUAUUUGUUAAUGAUUUAUAUAAGCACUUAUAAAAUUUCUGAACGUACUUUUAUAACAUUGUUAUAUUUGCAUAAUAUAAAUAAAGUAAAGAAAUUUA